UCGGUAUCCUUUGGACGCGCAAACACUAUAACAGGCAGUAAUUGCCAGUCUUCGCACACCACACACCGAACGCAAAGAUGGCUCCAGGCGCCGUCAGUAACAAAGAGCCCACUGCGCUCGCUAUCGCUGAGUUGCUUGACCCCCGACCAUGGUAUAAGAAUGGUCGUUUACUUGCACUCAAUGCCUGGAUCUUCCUGUUGCUCAUCACCUCGUACACCAACGGCUACGAUGGCUCCAUGAUGAACGGUCUCCAGAUCCUCGACCAAUGGAAAGGCGCUAUGGGCAACCCAGCGGGUGGCAAGCUCGGUCUGUUGAACGCGAUCCAGAAUAUCGGUGCUCUGUGUGCGACCCCCAUCGCCCCUUAUGUCACCGAUGGCAUUGGACGCAAGCUCGCCAUUAUCUGGGGCGCGUCGCUCAUGAUCAUCGGCACUGCCGUGCAAUCUGCGGCUCAGAGCGUGGGCAUGUUCACCGGUGCCCGUUUCCUGAUCGGCUUCGGGCUCACUUUCGCCGCCAACGCCGCCCCCCUGCUGGUUUCUGAGCUCGCAUACCCACCCCAUCGUGCCCCGCUUGUAUCGACAUACAACUCCCUCUGGUAUUCCGGCUCGAUCGUUGCUGCAUGGACGACUUUCGGCACUUUCCGCAUCAGCACCGAGUGGGCAUGGAGGAUCCCCUCCAUCCUGCAGGGUCUACCUUCCGUCCUUCAGGUCUGCCUCAUUUGGUUCUGCCCCGAGUCACCCCGUUGGCUCGUCUCCCGCGGCAAGCAUGAGAAAGCACUCAACAUCCUCGCAUACUACCACGGACGUGGAAAUGAGCAGGACCCCCUUGUUCAGUUCGAGUACAACGAGAUCAAGGAGGCCAUCGCACUUGACAAGGAGAUUGCCAAGAACGUCGGGUGGCUCACGCUCUUCUCCACCCCGGGCAACCGCCGUCGUAUGCGGAUCAUCAUCGCUAUCGCCUUCUUCUCCCAAUGGUCUGGCAACGGCCUGGUAUCCUACUACCUCAACCUCGUCUUCUCCGCCAUCGGCAUUACCUCUCAGACCGACCAGACGCUCAUCAACGGUAUCCUCCAGAUCUUCAACCUCAUCGUGGCCCUCAUCGCCUCCUUCCUCUGUGAUCGUGCUGGUCGUCGUGUCCUCUUCUUGACUUCCAACGUGGGAAUGCUCCUUUUCUACGUGAUGCAAACGAUCUGCUUCGCACAGAACUCCAUCACGGGCUCGCAAGCAGCAGGGCACGGUGUUAUCGCCUUCAUUUUCCUAUUUUAUCUCGCUUACGAUAUCGCCUAUACCCCGCUUAUCGUCUCCUACACCGUGGAGAUCCUGCCAUACGCGCUGCGUGCCAAGGGCUUCACCAUCUUCAACUUCACUAUCUCUCUUGCCCUUAUCUUCAACCAGUAUGCUAACCCCAUUGCCAUGGACGCCAUUGGCUGGAAGUACUACGUCGUCUACGACUGUGUUCUCGCAUUCGAGAUCGUCUUCAUGUUCUUCUACUGCGUCGAGACGAAGAACCGUACCCUCGAGGAGACCGCAGCUCUGUUCGACGGCGAGGACAAGGUCGAUACCAUCGCUGCCCGUGCUGGUACCCAGGCUGGAGUGGACGCUGCUCUUGGCAGGCACCCCGCUGAUAACAAGCAGGACGAGGAGUACGACGAGAAGCACGAGCACGAGCACGUGUAAACUUUUCCUCGCUUCCUCUGUUCUUCCAUUCACCCUCUAGGACGAAGGUAAUGACCCGGAAUGAUGUCGAUGUCUUUUUCCUUGUAUUCCUACAAACGUAACACAUCUCUCUACUUGGGCAGGGAGGACGAGCUCCCUGACUUUCGAUUUUCUUGCAUAUGGAUGGCUUCUUACGUAGAAAAUGUUCUAUCUAAAAUCUACAUCUACAGAUGCGCGAGCAUUUGAACG